AUGUCUAAAGCGGUAUUGGCUGCUCUUGAAAAUUAUCAUUGUGGACGUGAUCUUAUAUGUCUUUCAUCUAUUUUAAGCGUUUUAAAUACAACAAAUGUUUUGAAAAGUUUACCACAGAAUAUGAAAUGUUCGGAUGGAGAUUUUAUGACGUUGUUGAAUAUUAUGAAUGAUGUUCUAUUAGUCAAACAAUCUGUUCAAGCAGAUCAGUUUGAUCUAGAUCGCUUUUGUAAAGCUAAAGGACUAGAUUGCAUUAGACAUAUUAUUAAACAAGCAUUGGAUCGUUACACAAGUCUCGAAAAAGCAUUUCAGUCGUCAAGUACUUAUCGUCAAGAAGCCCAAAUACGAUCUGGAAAUUGGGAAUAUGUAGCAAAAUCAUUGUUAGCUGGCUAUUCAGAUAAUGUAUUCGUCUCCAUGAAAGAUUUGCAAGAAAAAACUCAUCAAUACGGUAGAUACAAGGACACCAUUGAUCUAGCUGUCUUAGACCUCCAAUCAACCCUGGUACGCUCUAUAAGUGAAGCCCCUGUGUCUAUCGUUUUAGCAAGAGAUGUUCGUUAUUCGACAGCUGUUCGUUCAACAGCGAUAUUAUCAUUUAUUGGCGAAAUUAAACCUUCAUGGAUUGAAUGUCCAACAGUACGAAACAUUAAAAUUAGUGACGAGGAAUUAACUCAUCUGCAUAGUGUUCUGCCACGUCUUCUACACCCUAAAAUGCGCAAACAGUAUCCUGAGAUCGAAAAGCGUAUUGCCUGUAUAACGGAUAGUAAACGAACGAUGGUCGAUCUCUAUAACAGUAUUAAAGGUCGAGGUGCAACACGUGAAACACGCAUGGAAGCUGUAGCUUGGAUAGCUGUUUGUAAAUUUCAUUGUAAAUUAGAAGGCGGUUUUGUUCGAGACUGGGUCAUUGGUCAUUAUCGAGAACCACAACAACGUGCAAACGAUCCAAAAAGUUGGAUUCAAUAUAGCACAACUCCAAAGGGUCAGCGGAUUCCAUACAUGAAUAGAGAUAUCGUUCCAGCGGAUUUAGAUUGUCAUUUACCUUUGGAUCGCUAUUUCGAUAUUGAUAAAUUUCGGGAUGAAUUAUACAAAUUUGAUCUUACAUGUGAAGUAAUACGAGAAGAUUGGAGAUAUGUUUUACUGAUAGACGAAAAUGCACCAACCGGUCCGUUUACAAUGGAUCUCAUUGAACCACAUGUCGCAUUGACGCAUGAUCGUAUUGAUCUCGAUGUUAGUAAUCUUUCAUUAGAAAAAGAUUAUCCACAUGAAAUAGGAAUGCGUAUUGAUAUAACACAAUCACCAUAUUCAAUCGAACUUGAAACCAUCGUCCAAAAUAUAAUAAAUAAACAUUUUCAAGUUCUUCGUCCACUUGACACUUUGGUCAAUGAUCGUAUUAAGAAAAUGACACAGCGUCAAUGGACACAAAUAGGAGAGCCAACAAAUUACAUACCACGGCCUUACGUGAAAUAUAAUGCCGUUUUAGUACCGUUACCACCAUCAUCAACUUUAUAUCAAGCACUGUUAGGAACGAUCAAAACUAUUGGAACUUCUGUGCGAAUUAUAUCGAUCGAUGAAAUAAAAAAUCCUCUUCUAGAAGAUACAUAUGAAGCGAUGAAGAAAAUUAUUGCAAGAGAAUGCAAAGGAAAUCCAAACGAACGGAAACUUUAUCAUGGUACCAAGGGUGACGCAAUCCAUGGUAUAGUAGAAGAUGGUUUUGAUGAUCGAUUUUUCAGUCCAACUGGAGCAUGGGGACAUGGUGCAUAUUUCGCUGAUGAUCCUCGAAAAUCUCACAAUUAUACAGCCGCAAAUUCAACCAAUCAAACGGGUGUAAUUUUUUACAGUAAGGUUACGUUAGGCAAAGAAUCGAUAAUGAAUCAAAAAGACAAUAAAUUAACUUCAGCACCAAAAGGUUUUCAUUCGGUCCAAGGAACUGUAUUUUCAUAUCGUGAAUACAUCGUAUACCGUUAUGCACAAGCACUGCCAUACUUAAAAAUAACUUACACAGCAAAACAAAAAUGA